AUGAAGGGCCUCUUCGAUUGGCUGUCUCCGGGUGCUGGUGCUGUUGGUGCUGGUGCUGCUACCACUCCCAAGCCGCCCACGCCCACGCCCGCGCUCGCACUCGCUCCCACUCUUCCCUCGGCCGCUGCUAACGCCGCACCUCUGGCUUGCGACUGGUCGCCCGCCAGUACCAAGACCAAGACCACCAGCACCCAGAGUAGUACCACUACCACUCGUACUUUAUUUGGCUCCAUCCACGCAUCUUCAUCCUCACAUUCAUACUCACCUUCACCUUCAUCACACUCCCUUCCGCCGCCCCCGUCCUCUGCCUCUUCCUCCUCGUCCUCGUCCGCCUCCCUUGAUCAGCCUCUCACGCCUGACAGUAACGACACCCACCACCGCGCCCUUCGCCUGAACAUGCCGGUGACCUCUCCCAUCGACAUCGCCACACCUACUCGAAACGCUUCCUCGUCCCCCGCAUCGCAGGGCAACACCAAGAACAAUACCACCACCACCACCACCAAUUAUCCCGACACCGAUUCCAGGACCUCUGCAAUCAUGAGCGGCACCGCCUUCGACUCGGCCAUGGGCAAAUCCAGGCAGGACUCCUUCGCCGGGGCCAGGCCCAUCACCAUGAACAACCCCAAUAGACAGAACGAGAGCCGGCAGCGGCGAGAGUCGCUGGCCGGAAGCCUGGUCCAGGGCAUGAGCUGGGGAGGGGUUUCCGUGGGAAGUUGGAUUCGAGACGAUAUAAUCAUGGCCGGCACCUCACCGUUCCCAUAUCAAUCGCCAUCAUAUCAUUCUUCCUCUUACCUACCUAAACUCGAGGCCAAUUUCAUGAAAGACUUCGCCUGCUGUGGCCAGACCUUGCCGACGCUGCAUGACCUAUUGCAACAUUACGAGGAGAGCCACGCCCAGCAAACGCCGCAGUCAUUGCGAACGGCAUCUGCAGCAGCCCGGGCAAGAGAGAAUUCGACACCAAACAGCAAGGCGGCUAUCGCAGCACAAGCAGCCACGGCGGUUCAGCAACAGGCUCAGCAACAGCAGCACCAGCACCAACAGCCCUCACAACCACAACGCCUGCAGAUGCCACAAGGCGGACCCAGCGUCGGUGGAAUCCAGCUGAUGCGGCAACAACAACAGUCACAGCCAAAUACCCCAACCCAAAAUAAUAUUCAGCAGGCCGACUCCGAAAUGGAUGGGGUGGAGGAUAUGGAGAUGGAUGACGCAAUAGGCCAUAUGGGUACGGAACCCAAUACUCCUGUCCAGAAGCAUCAGAAACCGGUGCAGACACAGCCUUCGCUCUUCGGACAGCAGCAACGGCCAACCCUGAAUCUCAAUUCGAACGGUCUCCAACACUCCGGGCUUCGAACGUCGCAACCGCCAACACCUGCCACAUCGGGAUUCGGCUUCCAGAACAACCCAACCGUUUCAUCUGUCAACACCCCAACGCUCAGCACCCAGUCCCUAUCUCAGCAGCAGACGUUCUCUCCCGAUACCUCCGUUCCGGGUACCCCCGCUGGCGACGAUGAUGACUUCUCCAAUAUGCCGAUGAACAUGAGAAUGGCGGGCAUGAACUUCCCCUUCGGGUUUGGAGCAAAUGAUCUAGGAAUCGACCUUUGCAUCGACGAACCAGCCAAGCGCUUAUACAGUCCAAAUGGAGGCCUAGGCAACCAACGAGCAAUUCAGCAGCAGUUUGCGCAAUUCAACCUCGGCCAAGGCCAGAACCAGUACGAAAAUAAUAGCGAGCUUAUCAGAGCUUAUCGCCAACAACAACUUAUGGCGAUGAACGCAAUGGGCAACCCUGCAGCAGCAGCAGCUCUCAUGAUGGCCGAGGAGAACAAACCCUUCAAAUGUCCUGUCGUCGGCUGCGAAAAAGCUUAUAAAAAUCAAAACGGCCUCAAAUAUCACAAGACGCACGGUCACCAGACCCAACAAUUACACGAGAAUGGUGAUGGUACAUUCUCGAUUGUCAACCCCGAGACAUCAACACCAUAUCCAGGCACUCUAGGCAUGGAGAAGGAGAAGCCUUACAAGUGUGAGGUUUGCGGCAAGCGAUAUAAGAACUUGAACGGUCUUAAAUAUCACAAGCAACAUUCGCCUCCUUGUAACCCGGACCUGAAGCUCAGCAACCACAUUGCCGCUGCGGGACUGGGCGCAAUGGGAGUUAACGUAGCUGGAUUGCCCGGCAUUGGCGAAGAAAACAUGAUGUGA